CGGCUCCAAGGCUGCACGCGCGGAGGGCGCCGGCGGCCAUGCCCCGGGCAAGGAGCACAAGAUCAUGGUGGGGAGCACGGACGACCCCAGCGUCUUCAGCCUGCCGGACUCCAAGCUCCCUGGGGACAAAGAGUUUGUAUCAUGGCAGCAGGAUUUGGAGGACUCCGUAAAGCCCACACAACAGGCCCGGCCCACUGUUAUCCGCUGGUCUGAAGGAGGCAAGGAGGUCUUCAUAUCUGGGUCCUUCAACAAUUGGAGCACCAAGAUUCCACUGAUUAAGAGCCAUAAUGACUUUGUUGCCAUCUUGGACUUACCAGAGGGAGAGCACCAAUACAAGUUCUUUGUGGAUGGACAGUGGGUUCAUGAUCCGUCAGAGCCUGUGGUUACCAGUCAACUUGGGACAAUUAACAAUUUGAUUCAGGUCAAGAAAUCUGAUUUUGAAGUGUUUGAUGCGUUAAAGCUAGAUUCUAUGGAAAGCUCUGAGACAUCUUGUCGAGACCUUUCCAGCUCACCCCCAGGGCCUUAUGGUCAAGAAAUGUAUGUAUUUCGAUCUGAAGAGAGAUUCAAAUCUCCACCCAUCCUUCCUCCUCACUUACUCCAAGUUAUUCUUAACAAGGACACUAAUAUUUCUUGCGACCCAGCCUUACUCCCUGAGCCCAACCAUGUUAUGCUGAACCAUCUCUAUGCCUUGUCCAUUAAGGACAGUGUGAUGGUCCUCAGUGCAACCCAUCGCUACAAGAAGAAAUAUGUCACUACUCUGCUGUACAAGCCCAUCUGAGGGGAUCCCUUCUCACCCCUAAGGAUUCAGGAGAAGCAUCUCCCUUACGUUUCUGGACUGAACCAGUCUUCCCUGAGACUGGAAGGCUGAUUUGCUUUGAGGCUGAUAAGUGUGUUUCAUAGCCUCUGAGUAGGAUGUUCUGCUUUUGCAUUUGAUUGCAGAUGAGAGCUUUAUGAGUUCAUUGAAUUUAUUUUAAGAAAAAAGAAUAUAUUUAUACAUGAAAGAAAGAUCCAUGGAAGUCUCCCAGCCCUAGCUAGAUAUAUUCUGUCUACCUGUGGGUACUCACCAAGACUCAUUUGGGGGAGAUAGGAGAACUGACAAAAUGAGUAUAUAGGACUUUUUUUCUUUCCUAAAAUGAAAGAACAGGAUACUCUUAGGAUCUUUGUUGGGCAGAGGUUCUAUCACUCCUAUCUUGGCCCUCCAGGGGAUGCUCUUUCUCUAGACUGUGACCCUUCUUACAGGGACAGCUUUUCCUUUCCUGCAUGGGUUCUCUGUAUUCCAGAGUAUGUGGCACAAUUUGUCCUUUUUAUAUGCUGUCAUAUGGCCCACAAGAACCCUCUUACCUCGCAUUUCAUAUUUUCUCUUAAUUAGCCUCUUUCUGGUAAUACCUGACGCCUCCCUAACACAAAACUCUCUGAGCAAGUGACCCCCUUGAAAAGUGGUGUGGGACCUGCCCUAGCCAUCUUGGAGAUGAGGACUGCCAGAAGGCUUCUUUUUAGAUCAGCCCAGGCCCAGCUCACUUUGUUACUGCUUGUUUUAACUUCUAUUAGAGAAAAUGCAGCUCAGCAUUAUAUAAAAGGCAGAAUGCGGAUCUACCUUUUUGUUUCAUUUUAGUGCCAAAGUUUGGUUGUAUUGGCACAUUCCCUUAGGUAUUCUCACUUGGCCUGGCUUUGCUUCUGUCUGUUCUUUCUCAGUGCACACAGCUCUGAAGGUAGGAGUAGAACCAAGGAAUACUCGCAUGUCUUUUAUCCUUGAAAAAGAUUGUGCCUGUAUUGUUCCUUAAUUUAAAAACGCCUUUCAUCAUUCUUAGGAGACUGUAUUGGAACACUUCGGGCUCUAGAUAAAUGGUUCUUCAGAUUUUCUUCUCUAUUCUAGUCUUCUACAAUCUUAUGUUAAUAUGGCCAACCCUAUGUACAUUAUUACACUAAACAGUGCUCCAGACACAAGUUUAUUCAGGGUCAUUUGAUGUGCCUAAAGGGUUUCCUCAAUUAAUGUUAGGCCAACAAGCAAGAAGGUGUCACUAUUGUUCACGUCAUGAAAAGUAUCACUCUUUACACUUAGUCUUAACAAGAUCAUUUUGUUCUUCUGCCUCUUCUUUUGAAGUGUUUGUUGAAGUGUUGUCACUGAUUUUCAUUUGUAAAUGAGUAGAUAAACUACUCUUAAAGACAAAGCACUUUUUCUCCAAAUAUCUGUGGCUUUUCCAUUUUACAGAUAAAUGCAAGUCAAACAUUCAACACUGAAGGAGGUCACACUGCUGAUUGAGACUUUUUGACUGCUAAGAUGAGACAAGCCACAUCAAAAGGGUACCUACAG